AUGAGUAAGGUUCAAGAAAAAUGUGGUAUAAAAUCAAAUACUAAAAAGAAAGUUGAAGAAGAAGGAAUAACAUUGGAAAGCUAUAAAGAACCAGAAAAAAAAUCUACAUAUUUUGAUACUACGAAAAAAAAUGCCAAGGAAUUUAAUGAUGGUAGUACUACAAAUGAAAGUGACGAUGAUAGAGAAAGUGAAUAUGAAGAUAGUGAUGAAAAUGAAGAAAUUAAAUUAAAGAGAAAAAAUGAAAAAAUUAAAUCAAAGAGAAAAAAUGAAGAAUAUGAAGACGAAGAUGAUGAGGAAGCUGACAAAAAAAAAAAAAAAAAAAAAAAAAAAAAAAAAAGAUCAAAGGUAAAAUCGAUGAUAGAAAUAUUGAAGAAGCAAAUAACUUUUAGAAGAAUAGUAAUUACUCUUUCGAUAUUUUUCCUUAUGUCAUUUGCAUAUGUCAGUAACGAAGAUUAUGUUAUUCGAUUUAAAAACUAUGUAACUUCAUUUGUCCCAAACGGAAUCAUUCAGCCCUUUCAAAAGAGCACAGGAUGUUCGUGUUCAAAAAAAGCCAAUGCUCUACCUUCACCUAAAGGAGAAGAACAACCAGCAUUUGAAUGUCCAUUAGUAACUCUUAGAAAUAAGUUAUUGGAAGAAUUAGAAAAGGCUUCUCAAAGGGAAAAAAUGAAAGAAGCCACAGUUGCAAAGGAAUCAACACCAAUAGUAGAUAUGCCCGAAACACCACCAGUUGCCCCCUCAGUAGAAACAGAAGUACCUUCACUUGUACCCCCCACUACAAAUACUUCUCAUGCUGCACCAGCUCACCCUCAACCCAUUUCUGAUGAAAUGGGCAAAUAA